AUGGUCUCGAGAACAUCCAGCGAUGGGCCUCCUCCCGGCUCAGGCGGUCGACAGUGGAAAUCCCUGAUUAAUAAGAUCCCAAGACAUAUCAGGGUAAUCAGUCAGCACCCGCCCGAGACGAGCACCUCCGACCUCGAUCUUAAUGCCAAAUCCCCCGAUGGCCAUAAUGCGAACCCGCUCGACAGUCAAGAGACGCAUAUCCGACAACUGCAGACUAUUGUUCAGCGAAUGCCUCGAAAUUUCCCUACGACGCCCAACCACGUCGACUCGGCUUAUAAAGACUUUAAAAAACACAAAGAGCAAUGCGCUACGUUAUGUCGCCUCAUCUUAACAGAAGAGCUUGGUCGUGGUUCUCGCAAUGGCGGUGAUCUCAUGCGCCGCGAUUCGGCGGUCGACUCACCACAAAGUCCCAGCCAUAUCUACGAUACCCGAAGUUCUUUCAGCGGGAGAAGUCUCGCUGAAGUUGUUUCUGGCAGUGUUGGGAAGAGUAUACACCAGAGCGAAGCCUGGUUAUCGUCGGUGCGCGAAUGGAAGAACUGGCUUGAGUCACUGGCUGAGGCUUGUCGGACAUGCCUGAUCGAGACUUACAAGAAUAAUGAGCGCGAUGCAACGCAAGAACAGGUGGAUGCGCUGUUUACGAAUAAAAGGUUCCGGAAAGAGGCUGUCCAGAGGAUGCGCAAUGCUAGCGUCACUCGGGUUAUGUCGGCAGACCCUCAAUUUUUUCCGAAAUAUGAAAUGCGAUUUUACGAUUAUGAGAGAAUUAAGCAAGAGUUGAAUGAGAUACGACAGCUUGUUCAGACAGGCGAAUCGGGCAUCUCUCCCGACCGAACUAUUCAAGAGUUUACCAUAUCACAGCGAGGCGAUGCGAUCCUCGAGUUCGCCAACAAUGGCCCUGCAUGUAGUUUCAGCGAUCCGGCGAUUCGUUUUCGAGUCUCCUCCUACAUGCUUGCCGAGACCUCGCCCAUAUUUGCUCGAAUGUUUGCUGGGCAUUCCAGCAGUCUCCAUCUUUACGACGAUGAAGACAUCUCGUCACAGUUGCCGUUGCCGCCAACGAAAUACUACUGCAAAGAUGGUUCUGAGGCUAGACUAUACCGCAUGCCCCAAGUUGAGCUGAAUCACAUGGAUUCCCUGGAGAUUUUGUUACAUGCCGCGCAUCACCACAGCGAGAAUAUCCCACGAGAGAUUGAGUUCGAGAAGUUUGUUGCUAUCGCCGAAUGUUGUAUGAGAUACAAGAGUACUUCACCUUUGGAACUCAUCGUUGAGCACAAAUGGUUACCUCAGUGGAUGCACAAAGGGGCGGACGACAUGCCCGAUGGUCUCUUGGUCAUAAGCUAUGCCUUUGGUCUGCGACGACUGUUCUCGCGCAUGUCGAAAACUACGAUCCUGAAUCUUGUCGAUGAGAAGGAGUUGGACGCAAAGCCAUGGCCGCAGAAGAUCAAAGACAAAAUCUGGGCUAUCCGUUGCGCAAAGAUUGCGCAGAUCCAUGAGUGCUGUAUGGGCGCCGUUAGGGAAUACUUACGAGAGCCGACAUAUGACAAUCUAGAGCAAGCUGAACCCACGCCGCUCAAUGCCAACUUUGCGCCGGACGCACUUCCUCCUAUGAUGUUGACGAGUACUCCGAGGUGUCCUAAGGGAAGUCAUUGGUGUGACGCCACCAAUCUGGGCUGGUUGAUGCUCCUUUAUAACGAAAUGAACCUUUUGCCCCAGAUCAUGUCGUCGGAUGUACUGUCUCACUUACCCAGAUCACAACCGCAGUCGAAAAGUUUGGCACAGAUUGUGGAUGCUUUGAGGAGAAUCCCAGCACCACCGACACCAGUGCACCGUGGCGUUUGCGACCCAGGCCCAGUGUUCCGCUCUGCUAUCAGUGAUAUCUACAACAGUGUUCUGGGUCUUACGCUCUUCGACAUCAGCGGCAAGAGUCAUGGCUGGGGUCUGUCAAAACAUCAGGAACGAGAACCUCAAACCCAGUUCAAUACAGGCCUCAAUCGUAUGGCUGCGCAUGACCCGACCUACAGCGUCGCUACAGAGUUUCCCGAGAUCAUUCGCCUUCGUGUUAUGUGUCAACUGGAAGAGUUGGAUGAUCUUCAUUCAGCAGCUAUGGUCAGUCGGGCAUACUACGAGACUUACAAGAAGCAUGAGCUUUAUCUUAUGAGGAACAUCCUUCGUAUGGACCGUAAACGAUCGACUAUUCAACAUCACAUCCCAAUCGGUCCCAAUACCAACGAGGAGAAGGUGCUCAGGGAAGAAUCUGAGGUUCUUAAGCGGACGCCAGCUGAUACUGCGGACGGCAUUACUCUUCACAGCAUGGUUGAGACCGAGGGAGACUACACAGACUCUGACGAAGACGAAGACGAUGACGAGAGUCUCUACUCGACAUCAGUAACUAGGUCCCUUCCCCAAUCUGCAGCUACCACAAGCACAGCCACUAGGGGAAUCGAUUACCAGGGAUCUUCAGACCUUGCGGCGCUGAUCACCGAUAGCCCCGCACGGACACCAAGGGCCCGAACAGGGAUACCCACCUCUACAUCUCGAUCUACAGGCAUCGGAUCUCCGACGACCCCCCGACAAGCCGUAUUUGACCCACCACCGGCUCCGGCCGCACCACCUGACGAGCCACCUCUCACAGUCGAAGAAGCACACCGAAUUCUCUGGCCAGACGACGCUAUCAAGGCAUCCGAGUCACCCCUUCCGACUCUUGACCCAGGCACAGAAGGCAUCCGUGAGAAGUUCCGCGCAGGUGAUCCAGCUUUUCACCUAGAACUAGAAGAGAAGACUCUUGUUCCCACAGGAGAAAAGCAACUGAGGAGCGAACAUGAUCGACAGGUUGGACUACUGAAGGGAGGUGAACCGAGUAAAUGA